ACUAGAGCUGUGGUUUCACCCCGGCGGACUUGAACCCGUUGGACAAUAACCGAAAUUGCAAAGUUAUGCAAACUGUAUUAUGUUGUAACGUUAGAUAAAACAAUCGAUCAUCUAUCUGGAUUUGAAAUGAUGUGGGUCGCCAGGCGACUGCUGUCGUCUGUCGCUCAGAGAACAGAGCGCCACGCAGGCCCGCCUGCCUUGUUCCGUCACCCUCGCCGCGGCUGCCUCCCGGACCUGCAGCCGCGGUACCUCCAGUGUACGUGUUGCUGGCGCAGCCGGGUUCCCGUGGCCGCUUUUGAGACCCUCAACGCCGCCAUCUCCUCCACGUCGGAGCCCUGCGAUGAGGACGACCGGUCCCUGGAUGCGUGCUACACCUCCGAGCAACGGCACGCCAUCCUCCAGCUGCUCAACACCGCCACGCCGUCGGAGCUGGCCGGCGUGAAGCUCCUUAGGGGCCGCAAGUCGGUCAACAUCGUGGAUUACAGGACAAAAAACGGACCCUUUCCAACCCUGGAGAGUGUGGUGAACGUGCCGCUGCUGAAGCACAAGAGCGCCGUCACGGUGUUCAACUCCAUCCUCAACCCCGUGAAGAAGGAGAAGAAAGUGAAGAUCCAGUUGGCCAAGUUCAUCAGGCCGGAAGUGGACAGGUCCUGGUUGGAGGAUGCCAGUAAUAUUGUGUCCCUGGUAUGUGGGACUAAUAAAAUCGCCUGGGCUCAAGUGGACCGGGGGAUGAUGGUGCUGGAUUGGCGACAGGUGGAGUGUCCAAACUUCUUGAGGGGAACAUACAUGGCGUCUGCGUACUUAAAUGAUGUUUCUGAAGUCGUGGCCCUCCUCCCGCCGGCGGACUUCUACAUCAUCGAGAAAUCCUCCAUCUCAGUCCAGAAUACGACUCUGUUCCCCAUCAUGGUCCACAUGAGGACCGUGGAGGCCUUGCUGUUUGCUCUGCUUGAGCCCAGAAACUUACCCCCCGAGUCCAACAUUCCUCCCAGAGUUCUGAACAUGAUGCGCGCGGCUGUGGGGCGUCACUUCGGACUCAUGCUGGGCGAGUCGCGGACCAGCGGCGCUCAGACCGUGCGGCGGCUGAUGACCGAGUCGGUGACGCAGAAGCUUCCUCGCUUAAAGUUCCCCCAGGAGAUGCUGUUGAAGCACAGGAAUUCCUUCCAGAUGGGCAGCAGGAGAGGCGGGGAGGAACUGUGCGACGCGCUGCUUCAGGCUGUGGCGUUCUACGAGCUGCUCAGCGAGUCCUCCGGUUAGCCCGCGCCGGGUGCGACCUCUGACCCUUCACUACGUCAGCCCAGAAGACCUCCUGGACGGCACCAAAACCCAACGUUUACCUCAAGGAACUGUGAACAUGCUUACUGUUACAUGUUUUGAUUUAAAUGCCGUCUGCCAUCCUCCCGCCGUUUGUUUGUAUUGAGUCAUAAAAAAAAGCACUGCUAUGAUUCCCCCCC